AUGCUUGGAUCGAUCCAUAUCUUGCAAAGCUUCCUCUACGAUAACCCAAACGCUUUGGAAGGACACAACGUUAUGAAAGUAGUUGGAAAUUUGCAAGGUUCUCUAGUAGAUCUAAGCCCUCCGUUAAAAGAUCUAUGCUUCACAGAUUAUCUCCAAUAUUUGGAUUUUUUGAAUUUGAAUGCAGCCUCACGCAUCGAGAGCCGAACUGAACGAGAAUUUCUAGUUAUCUUUGGUGUGUACCUGAAUGAAAGCUCCGCCAACAGCAAUUUCAAAACUGCGAGAGCUAUCAUUGGAGCUACGCAAGAUGAUCUAGGGAUUUAUAUCACCAGGCCGCUCCUGUCACGCAUACUUGCCUUUGAUACUCAUAACUCCUGUACACUUAAUCCUCGUGUGGUAGCUGUAUCGGAUUAUUCCAUCAUGAUUGAGUGUCCGAAGGUUGGUUUCGAUCGGAAUGUGGUGCAGUCAAGAUAG